GGGAGGCAAACACAGAACACAGAAGCCAUAGCCCUAUUUAACCAUAAUACAAGUUGAAAAACAAGAAUAUUUAUUGCAAAACGAUUUCAAAUAAAAUUGUGUCCAUUAAUAUUUGUAAAACAUGGCGAACAAAGUGGCGAGAGACUACAUUAAAGACAAAGAACAAUUCAAGACUUUUUUCUUGGAAUUUGUGGCAAUGGAUGAUAAUACAGAAAAUAAAACUUUUAAAUACAGACAGCAGCUGACCAAGAUAGCUCACAGAGAACAAAUUAGCUUUGAGAUCGAUUUAGAUGAUGUACAAUCAUUUGAUGAGGAACUAGCUGCAUCUGUUGCUAAUAAUACACGAAGAUACACUAAUUUAGUUUUGGAUUUGGUUCAAGAAAUAUUACCUGAUUUCAAAGAGAGAGUUGUUUUACCUAAAGAUUCAUUGGAUAUUUAUAUGGAGCAUCGAUUAUUAAUACAGGCUCGUAAUAGAGGCGAAGCUCAAGAAACCAGAGUUAAAUAUGCUCCCGAAUUGAUGCGUCGUUUUGAAGUGUAUUUUAAAGAUUUUUCUGAUGCAAAAGCAUAUUCAGUAAGAGAUAUUAAGGCAGAUAAGAUUGGAAAGUUGGUGACAGUUAGAGGCAUUGUUACUAAAACUACCGAAGUUAAGCCAAUGAUUGUUGUAGCGACAUAUACAUGCGAUGAAUGCGGUUCAGAAGUGAGCCAACCGGUACAUUCUUUAAGUUUUAUGCCAUUACGGACAUGUCCGAGUGAGGGAUGUCGCGUGAACAAAUCUGGUGGCAGAUUAUACUUGCAGACAAAAGGUUCAAAGUUUAUCAAAUUUCAAGAGCUGAAGUUGCAGGAACAUAGCGAACAAGUUCCGGUUGGCCACAUACCACGAUCCUUAACUAUCUUUUGUCGAGGUGAAACAACGAGAAAUUGCUUGCCUGGUGAUCACGUUAUUGUUACUGGUGUGUUCUUGCCCUUUGUGAAAACAGGUUUUCAUGCUAAAUCAGGGCCUGCGCUUUCCAGUGAAACUUAUUUGGAUGCACAUAAAAUAGUAUGUCUCAAUAACGUAGAUACGGUAGACGAGAAUAACACCGAAUUAACAGAUCAAGAAUUAAGUUUGUUAAUGCAAGAUGAUUUUUACAACAAGUUGGCUUGUUCCUUAGCCCCAGAAAUUUACGGGCUCGAAGAUGUGAAAAAGGCAUUACUUUUACUUCUCGUUGGUGGAACAGACAAAAAGAAAGGCGACAUUAAAAUUCGAGGCAACAUUAAUAUCUGCUUGAUGGGAGAUCCUGGUGUAGCGAAAUCGCAAUUAUUAUCUUAUAUCACACGAUUAGCUUCAAGAUCACAGUAUACUACAGGGCGAGGCUCGUCUGGUGUGGGUUUAACCGCUGCAAUCAUGAAGGAUCCUCUAACUGGUCAAAUGACAUUGGAGGGUGGAGCUUUGGUAUUGGCGGAUCAAGGAGUUUGCUGCAUCGACGAGUUCGAUAAAAUGGCAGACGCGGACAGAACGGCAAUUCACGAGGUGAUGGAGCAACAAACUAUAUCUAUUGCCAAAGCCGGCAUAAUGGCUCGUUUGAACGCUAGAGUAUCCAUAUUGGCUGCUGCCAAUCCGGCGUACGGUAGAUACAAUCCGCAAAGAACGGUUGAACAAAAUAUUCAAUUGCCUGCCGCGUUGUUGUCGCGAUUUGACUUAUUGUGGCUUAUUCAGGAUCGCGCAGACCGAGGAAACGAUCUUAAAUUAGCACAACACAUUACAUAUGUGCAUCAACAUUGCUCGCAACCUCCGACUGAAACGGAAGCUAUAGAUAUGAAAUUAAUAAGAAAAUAUAUAAAUUUGUGUAAGACAAAAGAACCUAUCGUAUCAGAAGAAUUAACGGAAUAUAUUGUAGACUCUUAUGUGGAAAUGCGAAAAGAAGCGCGUAACAGCCAUGACAAGACGUUUACUUCCGCUCGUAAUCUACUAGCUAUUCUUCGAUUGUCAACGGCGUUAGCACGACUACGAUUAUCGAAUGUGGUCGACAAGGACGACAUUGCAGAAGCGAAUAGAUUGGUUGAGAUGUCCAAGCAUUCAAUCAACUAUUCUGAACAACGUACAAAUAACACUCAACAGAAUCCGAUUAAUAGAAUUUUCCACCUGAUACGGGAACUUGCCGGCGAUAAAAAGACAGUCAAAGUGUCAGAUAUUUUGGAGCGAUGCACGAGUAAGGGAUUUAAACCCGAUCCCGUGUACAGAUGCAUUGAGGAAUACGAGGCGUUGAACGUGUGGCAGGUCAAUCAAACCAGAAGAUUGAUUACUUUUAUAUAACUUAAACUUUUGUGUUUAAAGACAAGAUAUUUUCCGCAGAAUCUGAUGUAUUUUUUUAUAUCCUGAAAGGAUCUUGACAAUAAAUGAUUAAUAUUUA